CAGCACUUCGCCGUUCUUCUUCUUCAACAGAACCCAGAACGGGGUCGUCGGGCUCCUGUGAUAGCGGACCUGCUGCAGCUGCGCGAGUAGAUCGAAGGGCUGGAAGGUAAAUCUGAUCUGACUCAUUAGGAGGUACGGCACUAGCCCGGUGGUUCUCCGCUGCAGACCACUGCGGGCGACGCACUAAAGAGAACUCGGGUGGGGUUAGAUGGAUCAGCUCGCGAGCUUCCUUCUGCCGAUCCAUCUGCGGUUGCGGCUCCGGGCUGGAGUUCCCGGUCCAAGCACCAGCAGGAAUCAUCAACGUCAGAAUCACUAUCUGCUCCGCGUCGCUCGUCGGUGAGUUGUUGGCCAGUCGGAGAGACACGGCGCGCGUUAUAUUUAGACAGGCCCGAGUCCUCCCGGCCGGCAUCGCGACCUUAUUCCCGAUUAGGAUCAAAUUGAUGAAAC